UUGCUGGUGGUAUACUAUUUAGAUAAGUUUUCGGCACGUUAGCGUUCCUGCAUCUCCUUCCUUGCAACUAUGGAUCCAGAAAUUGAAGUCGCAACAGAGCAACCAAAGAGGAGAACAUUUAGGAAGUUUGCUUUCCGGGGUGUUGAUUUAGAUGCCUUACUUGAUAUGUCAACUGAUGACCUUGUCAAGCUCUUCACUGCUAGGGCUAGAAGAAGGUUUCAGAGAGGUUUGAAGAGACAGCCAAUGGCUCUGAUCAAGAAACUGCGCAAAGCGAAAAGGGAUGCCCCUCAAGGUGAGAAGCCAGAACCUGUCAGGACCCACCUUCGAAACAUGAUUAUAGUUCCUGAGAUGAUUGGUAGCAUCGUUGGGGUCUACAAUGGUAAGACCUUCAACCAGGUUGAAAUCAAACCUGAAAUGAUUGGCCAUUAUCUUGCUGAGUUCUCAAUAUCGUACAAGCCAGUAAAGCAUGGGCGCCCUGGUAUUGGUGCCACUCACUCCUCUAGAUUUAUUCCUCUCAAAUAGAGCCUUAAAUCUUAUAUUUUUCCCUUUGAUGUUUUUGGAGUUGUACUUCAUACUGUUUUGACACUGUUUUAGUCUUGGCUAUUCAUCCUUAAGUACUAAUGUAUUAGUUUAAAUUUGCUCGAAUUAAAAUAGAGUACCUAAAUAUCGGCAUGCCUUGUUAUCAUGUCCGUCUCUUUGUUGCCUUCUCAUGUUAAUUGUGUGUGUCUUAAAGCUAAUAACAAUAGUAUAUUAUUUGGCCAAA